AACAUGAGGCGCUUUUUCGAGACCCAGAUUCCUCUCGAGUUCCCGUGCUUUUCGUCGGUGGAGGAAACUGCAAGCCUGCUAUGGAUCCAUCGUCGCAGAACUCCUCUGCCGCUGGCAAUGGAAUCCUUCCUACCCCGGCCGGCGGCGGUGGGGUCCACGUAAACACUCCGGCAUCCACGCCCACCACGAACAGCGGGAUCGCCGUUCUAGACCCUGCGGAGGAGCAGAAGCAGAAUCUAAUACAAUCCAUCAACUCGAUCCAGAAGACCCUCGGCCUCCUCCACCAACUUUACCUCACCGUCUCGUCCUUCAACGUUGCCUCGCAGCUACCUCUUCUCCAGCGACUAAACUCGUUGGUCGCGGAGCUACACACGAUGCAGAAGUUGGCGGAAAAUUGUAACAUCCAGGUGCCUAUGGAAGUCGUCAAUUUGAUUGAUGAUGGGAAGAACCCGGAUGAGUUCACAAAGGAUGUUAUUAAUAGUUGCAUCGCAAAGAACCAGAUUACUAAGGGAAAGACUGAUGCAUUCAAGAGUCUGCGCAAGUACCUUUUAGAGGAACUUGAACAAGCAUUUCCUGAUGAAGUUGAAUCAUUUCGAGAGAUAAGGGCAAGCUCUGCAGCUGAGAGUAAGCGGCUGGCUCAGAUGCAGAAUGCUUUAGCCAAUGGAGAUGUCAAAGUGAAGACUGAACUCUGAUGGGUAUAUAUUUGUUGAAGUUUCUAUGUAAAUUUAGGUUUUUAUUUUGGAUAAAUACGCACAAUAAUCUAUAGGAUUGUUUCUUUAGCUUUGUUUGUGGACUAAUUUUUAUCACUAAUAUCUAUAGCUAUGUAAGCUGAGGUAAGUUCUUCAAGAAUACUGCAUAUAUAUCCUGUAUUAUUGUUUAAAAUGUCUUAUUAUGUGACUAUCCUUAACGAUCAAAAAAAA